AUGUCAUUAAUGUGUCGAAAAUUGUGUUCUUCUAUUUUAUGUGAACAUUUUGGACAUAUUGUUCAGUGUGUAGGUGAAGAUUUAUUAAGAUAUGGUCCAAAACCAUUAGGUUUAAUUCGACACACAACACAUCUGUCUGUAGCAAAGAUUAAAGAAGCAUUGUGUGUUCUAAUAAAAUAUGGUUUUGUCACACAUCAUCAGACUGAGAGAGGAGUAGAAUAUUCUUUAAAUUCUGACAAAAUUAUAAUGAUCCUCCGUUAUCCUAGGUAUAUGUUCUUUGUAAAAACAGUGUGUGGAGAUGAAUCUGAAAUGAUGUUGGAAGAAGUACUGAAGCAUGGAUAUAUGACAGCUUCUGAAUUAAUUGUGAAAACAUACAAAAGAAUUGAACAAUCACCUUCUGACCUACAGCCAUCAGUUCCAGUUUUAAAAGAAAAACUUGAAUUACUAGUUAAAAACCAAUUUUUAAUGCGUAGUUUAUAUACAGAAACAAUUGAAGAAAAGGUCAGUGAAAAGCCUGACUUUAACUUACCAGAGUUGAAUAUUGCUGUAAUUGGUAAGCAAUUACAAGGAGGCACUGGUGAUCCUGGAGAUAAUAAAAUUUAUUGGAAAGUUAAUUUUGAUCGGUUUACUCAGGAUCUUAGGGAUCAAAUUAUUAUAUCAGCUAUGCACAAAAGACUUGAUGAAAAUGCAGGAGAAUUGAUGAGGCAAUUAUUAUUUCUUAUGUACCUGAGAACAGCAUCAUGGGCAGAUACAUCUAAUCCCAUACCUCUUACAGAAAUAAAAGAAGCAGUUAGAAAAAUCAAUUAUCCAGUACUUGCUCAACAUCUUGAUCAAUAUUUACGUCUCAUUGAGGAAGAUACUAGUCAAUUUUUAAAACGGGUUGGCGAUUCGGGAGGUGGCCAGUAUAGCGUUAACAUGAAAGAAGCUUUUAAUCAAUUGGCAUGGACAACUUUAGAAAAUAUCGUAAUGGAACGGUUCGGUUCCAAAGCAGCUAGGAUUUUUAGGUUAGUACGCGAUAGGAAAUACAUUGAACAAGAACGAAUUCAACAAUUAGCGAUGAUUCCGGCAAAGGAAGCUAAGCAUCUGACAUAUACUCUAUUGCAAGAGAAUUACCUACAAAUGCAAGAAAUAAAGAAAACUGGAGUAUCCGCUGCACCGAUGAAAACGUUCUUUUUGUUUCAUAUUGAUUUGAACAUGGUUGCUCGCAUGGAAGUCGAACAUUGCUUUCAUGCAUUAUACAACACUAUGCAAAGACGAGAAUAUGAAGUGAGCUGUAAUAAACGGAUGAUUGAUAAGCAAUUACGAAUGCAGACUCUCGCGAGUAAUUUAAAAGAGCAUGGUGCUACUGACGAGCAAUUAGCAGAGAUUGCAGACAUGAUGACACCGUCUGAGAAACAACAAUUAGAAAAAGUUCAAAAUACAAUUAAGAAAUUGGGCAUCACUGAAUUGCAGAUAGACGAUACUCUGUUCCUAUUAACAAUGUAUUUACGUUAUCGUUGA